AUGGUGCAUCUUUACAAUGUUCACAUGGCACGUAUAAGAAGAGGUUCCAUGAACUGGUACGAAAAAGUACUGAGAGUCUUGGAGCCCAAUAAGUUUUAUGGAAAACGUAAGAAAGGUGAAGAAUAUGAAGUUAGAACUAUUCCUGGGUAUGAAUCAGAAGAUUCUGUCUUAGAUUCAGAUAGUGUGGAUGAUAUUGAGAUAGUAGAAAAGCGUCAAGGUGACAUAAUUAUAGGUGAGAGUGAUAAUGAUAGUGAAGAGGAUGGUGAUAAUUCUGUACUUGUGACUAAUGAAAGUGAUAAAGAGAAUGUUAGUGAUGAAUUUCAAGUCAAUUAUGAGUGGAGACGUUCUAGCAAUCGUAUUAUUCGUCCUGUUCAACCAUGGAAGUGUUGUUUCCCUUGUGCACCGGAAGAACCUCGCCUACCUAUGACCUAUUUUAGGCAGUUGUUAGAUGAUAAAAUUUUGGAAAAUGCUGUAGAUCAAACCAACUUAUAUGCAAUACCGAAAGACAUUUCUAAACCAAUAAACACUGAUAAAAAUGAGAUUGAACAAUUUUUGGUUGUUAUUCCAGCUGUUGCUGAUGUAAUGAGCCUCAAUAGGUGGGAGCAGCUAAAAUUAGGCCUCCAUUUCAAUGAUAACGAAACUAUAGAUCAAGCUGACACAUUGUACAAGAUCAGACCCUUUCUGGAGCCAUUGGUUGAAAAUUUUCGAAGAAUUCCCAUGAGUGAAAAAUUGUCAGUGGAUGAACAGAUGAUUCCUUUCAAGGGAAGACACACCUUGAAGAAUUAUGUCAAAAAUAAACCUAAAAAAUGGGGUUACAAAGCAUUUGUCUUGUGUGAUUCACAUGGAAUUGCACAUAAUUUAGAGAUAUAUUCAGGGAAAGUGAAACAUGACCCAUCCUUACCUGAUGUAGGUGUGAGUGGAAAUGUUGUUCUCAGAUUGGCUUCUGUAAUAUCUAGACACAUGUUUCACAAACUGUAUUUUGAUAAUUGGUUCAUAGGAGUUUGGUUAGAAGUUGAACUAGAAGAGAUGGGUAUUCAGUCUUUAGAAACUGUGAGACCUAAUCGGCUCAAAGGCUGUAUGUUCACUUCUGGCAAAGUCAUGAAAAAGAAGGGUUGA